GCAGCUCGGCUGCCGAUGGCGCAAGGGGAGGGGGCAGUGGAAGCGCUGCCGGGGGUCUGGCGGCUCCGGUGCCCCCUCCCGGUGCCAGCCCCCACCGGAGGGGCGCCCGAGCCCAGCCCGGCGCGGCCGCCGCCGUCGUUAUGUAACGCCCGCGGGGGGCUGCGGGCGGUGGCGCCGCGUCCCUCCUUGGGAUUCGCCUCCGUGCUGUCCCCGCGGUGUUCUGCGCUCCCCUCCGGGAACCGCGGACCAGGGGCUGACGGGGAGCGGAACUUGGCGAGGAGCUGCGCGCCUUUCCCUGCCGUAGGGAUGGGCCCCGCAGCCGCAUCCCCCGAUCGUCAUGAAGGAGGUACGCGCGGCCGCAGCCAGCGUGGGAGCUCGGCGCUUUCGCGGCGGUACGGCGGCAGCAGCACAAUGGCUGAAAAAUCGGCGAAACCAGCAAAACGAUUAUCCUCAGACUCAAACUCCCAUGAGGGAGCUACAGCAGGAGAAAUAAGUGCUCUGGAAGAGGCCUUUAGAAAAUUUGCCGUCCAUGGUGAUACAAGAGCCACAGGAAAAGAAAUGCAUGGGAAGAACUGGUCAAAGCUAUGUAAGGACUGCAAUAUCAUAGAUGGGAAGAAUGUGACAACCACAGAUGUUGACAUCGUCUUCAGUAAAAUCAAGGGAAAGUCUGUAAGAACUAUUACUUUUGAGCAGUUUAAGGAAGCUCUUCAAGAACUCUCCAAGAAGCGAUUUAAAGGCAAAAGUGAUGAGGAAGCGCUUCAAGAAAUGUAUAAACUAAUUGAAGGAAAAGGCCCAGGUUUAACUGGAGUAACGAAAACUGUUGCAUCUCCAACUGUUUCACGCCUUACAGAUACUUCAAAAUUCACGGGUUCUCACAAAGAGAGGUUUGAUGCCAGUGGGAAAGGAAAAGGCAGAGCUGGCCGAGAAGAUCUGGUGGAUAACUCAGGAUAUGUAUCUGGUUAUAAGCAUGCAGGCACAUAUGAUCAUAAAGUACAAGGAAACAAGUAAGGCUGAGGGUUUACAACACAGAGGGGGAUGGAGUAUAUAUUUGUAAGGAUGAUGUUAUGAAUCCCACAUGUUUCAGUUAUUGUGAAUGUUGAGACUAUGUUGUCAAGAAGUUGUCUUCAGGAACUGGAACUGAUUUAAACAUCUGCUGAGCUACUAGCAGCACAAUGCCACUUCAUUACAUUCCUCAUGCAUAUAUUGGCAAAAAUAAAUAAAUAAAUAUGUAGGUAUGAAAAAUACAUUAUUUUGUUGACCUUUAGGAAAAAAAAAAAACCCAAAUCAACGAACAACAAAGCCAAAGUCAAGAGCAGUUGUACCACACUUUGUCAAUUCAAGCAAAAUAACUCAAACAUUCCUCGGUGUUCAGUUGCCCCGAUGUCAAAGAGAACCUCUUGAAAAGAGGAUCUUUUGUAGCAGUCGUUCUGAAGAAUAUCCCAUUACUUAUGCAGUUUCAUUUGACUAUUGUUUUAGGGUUUUUUUUUUAAAUGUCUUAUAUGGGAUUUAGCACUUUUCUUAAAACAUUCAACAAUAAACUAUUGGGAAGUAAAUGGUAGUAGUAUAUUAAGUUCUAGCCUGUGAUUGUCAAAUACCACUCAUUGGAAAACUGAAAAAAAAGCUAUUUCUAGGACAGUGUAGGCUCUAAAGUAUUUUAUGUCAGCAGAAAGAGUUGGAAAAUACCAGCCCUUCCUUUCCUCCUGUCUAUACUUUUUGCUUGUUCUUGUGUGUACUGUAGCAUGAUUCUGACUGGCUGGAUUUGGAUGGAGAUAUUGUACUAAUCUGAGAGAUAAGGAGCAAGACAUUACUAAGAAAGUAUAGUUAAGGAUUUUCACAGUCUCUUUUCAAGUUUGCACUGCCUCACACUGGAAGUGAAGGGGGCUUAAGCUAAUAAUACUUUAAAAUAUUGUUUAUGACUUAACACUGCCAAUCAGAUUCUAUUAAAUGAACGUUGUUUUGCACAUUUGUUGGCACAUAGUCCCUUUAAGCUCUAACAUAUAUAAGGAAAGCUUAAGGCCCCUUGAAGUAUGGACAUUUACAAUUAAUAUCUAUGUAAUCAGGUGCAAUUUUCCCACAAAAAAAAAAAAAAAACAAAAAACAAA